AUGCAGGCCUCAGUGCAAUACUCACAUGCAGUAUUAAAGUGGCGAUCUGUAGUUUAAACAACAACAAAAUUGUUUUGGUAAACAGCUGAGGAAUGGUGUUGGAGAAAUGUAACCACUUUCAAAUUCAAAGAUAGAGCUAUGGAUUGGACUGACCAUCCAAACUAUAGUUUUAACAAUGUUUUGAGGCUAUAUAGUCUUUGUUUGCAAUUACAUUGUUUAAAAAACCUGUAUAUGUUGGGUUCUGAUGGGGUACGACAGUUCAACUAAGCUCAUGAGGCAUUUAUAAUUUGUAGUCUUCAAAUAUCUAUGGGUUUAUGUUAUUAAUUUAAAAGUCCAAAAUUGGAUUACAGAUUGCCCUGCCAGGAUGUCUUUUUCUAUGAUCAAAUACAAAUCUUUGAAUGUUGUAAACAUCUUCCUUGGUUACCACAUAAACAUACUUCCUUCCCUGGUAGAUGCCUCCAAGUUUCAAAAUGAGUAGUGUGUAUGCACGAACAGUGGUUUGUAGGCAAAAGCACUGUGUAAACAUUGCAAUGGCGGCUUUCGAUUAAAUUCCAGCCAACAGUGUGACCCAGCAGUUAGAUAUCGGCUGCUGAUUAAAAUACUUAAGACUCUUGAUGUAGUUUUACCCUUGUCUAAAGUGAAGUGUCCAUACAGCACCAAUUAAUUAAGAAACUGAGCAAAGAUCUAAAGAAGUAUUUGCAUUACAAAAGUAUUGUGUAGAUGAGGCUGACAUACAGUAUCUGUGAAAUAAAUUGUAGUAGGCCUGUAGUACGGCUUUCAUAUUAGGACAGCCAAAGUCUCAGCAGGACUUUUUGAAGCUGUUCUCAUAGUAUUUCUUACUUCAAUUCCUACGUCACUGUCACUUUCAACUGUCGACCUCCAGACUGAAGACUGCAGGCCAUAUGGUCUCAGUUUCAGGCCAUGAAGGUAAUAGGGGUUGUAAAACGCAGAAGUAUCAUUGUAUCAUCGCAAGGUCAAUCAUUGACAGUCAUACUGACCUUGGUUUAUUUUCAUUGUGUGUGUGUGUGUGUGUGUGCCUCUAUUACACUGCAACAGACUCCUAGAUAACCACACAUUCAUAAGAAUUAAGAACUGUAGUCAGAACCCAAGUCACCUCACCACCAAAGGUUGGAGUACUUUCAUUGUUACAGAGAGCGAUAUUAACCUGAAUAUUCUAAGGAGACACCAAUGGCAAACAUCAAUGGCAGGUACUGUAUCUAUUGUGAAACUCCUGAUUUAAUAGUUGAGAAAGUCAAACAGUGGGUCAGGGUGUGUGUCAUCGCUUUCGAUUAACCAAUCAAAACCAAUUUCGAUGAACCAAUCUGUCAUAUUGUUAAUUUCCUUAGACCACCCCUAAGCUCAAAACCCUUGUCACCGUCACCUUAUAGGUGAAGCCUCUAUGGUUUUUACACGCCUUUUUAUCGCUUUACAACCCCUGUGCAAAGACUAAAGUUCUCUGCAUUUGAAACAAGACAACAGACACCCAGCACAUUGGAGACCGAGCAAGGACAUACGACAACUUGCAUUACUCGUGAGGCCAUUUUCAAUCAUCCUGUGUGUCUGAGGGUUUCAACUUCAAGAGUUUGGAAGCCUUUUCCCACACCUGUGUGUGUGUGCUCUGGGUGAUCAUGUCGACGGCGGUGGAACUAACUGGGUUUUUGUUAUGCGUGGCGAGCUGGCUACUCACAGGCUCCUCACUAGCCAAUGACUACUGGAAGUUGUCCUCGGUGUCUGGCAGUGUCAUCGUAUCCACACGCCAGUUCCAGAAUCUAUUCCAUUCGUGUGCCGAGAACAGCGCCGGCAUUAGGAACUGCAAAGACUUUGAGUCUAUGCUCGCUCUGCCUGGCUACAUACAGGCAUGUCGAGCCCUGAUGAUCAUCGCUCUGCUCCUGGGUCUAGCGUCCAUCAUUGUGUCAGUGCUGGGGCUGAAAUGCACAAAGAUCGGCAGCACUUCUGAACAGGCCAAGGGCAAAAUCGCUCUGACAGGCGGCAGCUUGUUGAUCUUAUCAGGUCUUUCCACCUUGACUGCUGUGUCAUGGUACGCUGCACGGGUGGUGCAGGAGUUCCAUGAUCCAUUCUUUGCAGGAGUAAGGUUUGAGCUGGGUGCAGGUUUAUACAUGGGCUGGGGAGCUGCCUGUCUGGCCAUUCUAGGUGGGGUCAUGCUCUGCUGUUCCUGUAAGAGGGGUCCAUCAGGACCACCAACAGGGGGAUAUUCAAACAACUACUCCAAAGCAGGCCGUGGACAACAGAUCUACAGGGCAGCACCUGUGUCAGAGUCGGGGAGUUCAAAAGCUUAUGUUUAAAGCAGUUUAAAAUGUUUAAUUUUUUUCAAUCUAAUUGUUUGUUUGUCUGUUUCCAUUUGUUUCUUCACCAAAGCGUACAUGUACUGGUUUGAAUUUGCCAUUAUAUAUUUUUGUUGUUUUGUUUUUGUGGUCUUCUUGAGUUGAGUCACUGUGAAAUAUUAAUGCAAUGUGUAUUGCUUUGAAAUGUAUUGAAAAUAAAACCAUUGCUCUGUU